AAAGGAAUGUAAGGAAAAACUAAAAUACAUGAUGAAGGAAAGGUAGAUAAUUGCCAAAACAGUGCUAUAACUGGCAAUGGACAAGUCUGAUACAGCUACUUGGUCCAUGGCCAUAGUAAUCAUAAUGCACAAGGUUCUUUGCUACAGGAGCCUGAGAUUCCUAGAGAAGUCCAGAUGGGAAUUAGGAUUUACUUUUCAUGGCAUGGACCUAUUGAGUACCUGACCUGAAGGAUUCAAUGGCCAUGUUCAGAUCCCUGAGUAUUUAAACUCCAGUGCUGCACUACAAGCCUUUCUGGUUACAGUCACCUCAAAGACAGAGAACACUGUCUUAUUCACAGGGUCACCAAGCAGAAUAUCUGCUCAGAAAGGGACCAUGUUAUCCUAGGAAGCCCUGGUCAUCUUCCUCCAUUGCACACCAGCCUCCCUUCCGGAGGCAUCAGGUUGACAAGAUGGUUGAGAGCUACAUCAUAACCACCUCAGAGCUGACCUUAAGAAAUCUCCUUGCCCGCUUCUACUGAGCAUGGGCAGACAUUGCAGGCCACAAAUUGGUGUGGACAUUGUCACCCAGGUCUACCCCAUCCAAUUCCUUUGCCUGCCCCCUCCCUGUCUCCCUUUCCCAUUUCCUCUUAGGGACCUUUCUCACAAAAGCCACUUACAAAUGAAGUGAUUUUUUUGCUUUAUCUAGGAGCCAUAUAAAGAUUCCACAGGAAUACACUGCCACCUUAGAUUCAGGAUAAUAAAACUUGCCUCCAUUAUUCCAUCAUUUCAGGCUCAGGACUGGUUUGUGGCUUUUGACUUACAAGACACCUACUUGCACAUUUCCAUCCACCUGGCCUGUAGGAUGUACCUGAGAUUUACUGUGGGGCCUAAUUACUUUGAGUACAAUGUACUACCUUUUGGGCUCUCCAAGGCACCAGGAAUGUUGCUGUUAUGGCAGAACACCUGAGGGAAAAGGUUAUUACAUCUAUCUGUAUCUAGUUGAUUGACUGAUCAGAGGCAGAUCAUAGCAGGAAACUCUGAAAAGCCUCAGCUGUUCCCCUUCUCUGUUUCCCCUGCUGGGCCUCCUGGUGAAAUUAUGAGAAAUCACCCUUCUCAUCCCAUUACAGAUGACAAGAGUUCAUAGGUGUCAAGAUAGAUUCCACGACAGUGAGGGCAUACUUAUUCAGGACAGAUUCUUCUGAUUUCAGUUUUUACUGAACGUGUUGAUACCUGGCUACAGCAGUAUGGACUUGCCUCACAUUAUUAGGCCAUAUGUCCACAUGUACAUAUAUGACACCAUUUGCCAAACUUUGCCUGAGGCCUCUACAGCUCUGGCUGAGGUCAGUCUACUCUCUUACAAAGGAUCACUGAGCAAGACCAUUUUAAUUCCACACUAUGUCCUCAUGGUGCUGACCUGGUGGCUGCCCCCCAACAAUGUCCAGGAAUGGGUACUGUUUGUGACUUGCUAUGCAGGGCAUUAGUCACAGAUGCUACAGAGCCACUUGGGCCACAUAAAUUCAAGGGACAUGAUCCACAGAGGACACAAAACUACACAGAAAUAUGUUAGAACUCAGAACCUUGAGGGGGCAUUCUUCCCGGUCCUAUAAUACUCUGUAAUGAAGAUAAUGACAGCCAAUAUGUCAGCAAUGUACUAUGUAAACAAGCAAAGGUGGGUCCUCGUUUUUCCCCUCUUCAGGGAAACAAGCCAUGGAACUGGUGCUAACUACAUGGCAUAACUCCAUCAGCCUUUUGGGAGCCAGCAAGGACCUGGCAGAUUUCCUAAGAAGACAGUCUGUCACCAAUCAUAAGUGGUCAUUGUUGAAAUCCAUCACCAUGUGUUAACCGAAACAGGAGGCCAGGAGUCCUCGUCUCAGGUUCGUCUCCCUUCCUGUAUCUGUCACUGGGGAUUUGUGCUCCCAGAUAUGACUCAGACAGGAUAAAGGUACAACAAGAUUUAUUGAUGGGGUGGCAAGGACUCCCCAGGUAACAAGGUGAGACAGAUAAUAAAACAAGGCAGGCUGUAUCAAUAGGGAUCUAUAUACGAGGUUCAAAAUGACAAUGACACUACCAUCUCUGGCAGCUUGAUUUGAUGGUGUCUUCUCCUCUUCAGGAUGGAUGCAGCAUGACAGGAUGGCCAGAUCGCUCAGAUGGAGACAGAAUCUCAAGGCAGAACUAGAUGAGUGUCUUCUCGGGCAUUGUGAUCAAGUGGACUCCAGCAUCCUCUUAACUGCAGAGAAGAAGAGCAAAAAGAAGAAAGGGAAGGGCGCACAGAGGAAAAGGAGGUGGGGGCACUUCCAUCUGGACUUGUAUGAAACUUAUGACUGGAACUGGAUGGGAAAGUGAACCAUUUGGUGUCUUUUCUUCCCCCAGUCUCUGAGAUGGGUGGAUUGUAAAUCUGUGUAUGUAACUGGGAAUAGACUGAACCAUGAAUCUUCAGGCUCAACAAAAGUCUUCAAACAAGAGGGCUGGGAAACGGAUUGCAUAUUUUAAUGAGCAGGAUGUAGCUGUGCCAUCAAAAGAGCUGCAACAGCAGCUGAAGGAAGGACAGUACUAUGGACAUGGAGGGGAAAUACCUGCUUCACAAACUAUGGAGCUUUCUAAAGCAGGGGGUUUAACUGGUGCUCCCAACAAUGUUGCCUUGAUGAACUCUGUUGUUUAUACUCAAGAUAGGGGGGACUCCAUGAUGAUGUCUCAGCAGCUGGCUGCUGUCAAAUGGCAGAACUCAUUGAUGGGGAGCAGGUUGCCUGAGAGGAUUGAUUCCAGUUGGCAGCCUUCACCUGCGGCAUGGAACCACAGUAUGGUCUUUGGGGGCAAUCAGAAAGGGGUCCACCACAAUUCCAGUGCUCCAGGUUUCUAUGGCCAUCCUGAAGCUCUGAAAAGAAGCCAGGAAAAAGAAAUGGAGGUGCCGCAGCUAGAAAUAUAUGGAGAUGCUGCUGUUCAGCAGAUGAUGGCCCAGAAGGUUCAGCUGGAACAACAAGCACUAAUCAGGCAGCAAGCUCAAAUGAAUUCGUAUCACCAGAUGCAGAAGCAACAACAGCAGAAUCAGACUCUACCUUUACAGCCUUUCCAGCUUGCAUUCGGUCACCAAGGCCAGAAGCAAGGCCUUCCUGAAUUGUUACAUGUCUUUCAACAAGCCCCAGCUUCUUCCAACCCAGUCUUUACUACCCAGCAGAAACAACAGUCUCUUCCCCAGCUGCAACUGUUUGAAAACUUCUACCCACAACAGCAGCAACAGGCCGCCACGCAAGCCUUCAACCUCCAACAAGCUGCCUCUAUAGCACAUCCCCAUGUGGCAGCAACAGCACCCCAGCAUCAUAUGGUGGCCCACCAGUACCAGCAACCCGAGAGGAACCAGGAACUCUUGAAAGCCCUAACAGAGCAAAACCAACAGACUGUGCUACCUCAGACCCAGAUACCCUUUCCAAGGAGGUCAAGGAGACUCUCCAAGGAAGGUAUUUUGCCAUCCGCUUCUUCAGGAGAAAUAUUGGCUUCUAAACCAGUAGAGGAACAACCUAGCAAUCUGUUCCUGCAUCACUGGCAACCACAGCAGCAAGGACUCCAGUUUCAGCAUGAGACUGAAGCUCUGGGCCACAAGGGUAGCUAUCCACAGCCCACAAGAACACAUCUGGGACAAAAGGAGACCCUGAGUAGUGAUGACUUGAACCAGCCUGACACAGAGAGGCCGGCCACAUCCUAUAAUGGCAGAGAUGGGGAGAAGCAAGUGGCAAUGACCGAAGAAAGCACUCAGAGAACUAAUGACUUCGUGGGGGUGAGAGGUGGUGUGAUCCAGAGCACCCGAAGAAAACGGUGUGUUUCUCAAGAGGUCAACCUGCUAACUCUGGCACAAAAGGCUGUUGAGCUGGCUUCUCUUCAAAAUGACAAGGAAUUGGAUACUUCAGAAGAGACGAAGAAGAAUGUGGUGGUUGCAGCACCUGCAGCAGCCAAAAGUGUUUUGGAAUUUGCCAGUUCUCCACAACCCUCCAAGAGACCCCGGGAAGAUAGCAGCCUCGUGCCUCUAAUCAUGCCUGUGUCUGUGCCGGUGAGGAAAUUCGACUUGCAAGCUAUUGGGAAGGAAAAGGGUGAGGAAGGGAAACUCCAGAGAGUGCUGGCAAAUGAUCGAGGUCUUUCUGAACGCAAGCCCUCUGUGAUAGUCACCCGAAGAAGGUCCAAUCGCAGCUCCAACAUGGAAACCUCAGUCCAGCAUGAAGAUGCUGUUCCAAAGGAGGAAUCAGAGGGCUUUGCCCGGAAACCAAAGCAGCGCCCAAGACCUGAGCCACUCUUCAUACCACCGAAAGCAGGCACCUUCAUUGUCCCUCCAGUCUAUUCCAACAUUACUCCAUAUCAGAGCCACUUACGCUCACCUGUGCGCCUUGCAGAUCACCCUUCAGAUAGGAACUUUGAGCUACCUCCUUACACACCUCCACCGAUUCUCAGCCCAGUGAGAGAAGGGUCUGGGCUGUAUUUCAAUGCUAUCCUCUCUGCUAGCAGUCACUCAAUUCCACCUCCAAUGACCCCUAAAAGUACUCACAGAACUCUGCUCAGAUCUAAUAGUUCAGAAGUCACCCCUCCCAUCCUUUCAGUAAUGGGGGAGGUCACCCCAGUCAGCAUUGAACCGCGAAUCAAUGUGGGAUCCCGGUUUCAAGCAGAAAUCCCUGUGCUCCAAGACAGAUCUUUAGCAUCAGCUGACAAGCAUAAGGCGGAUGUGGUGUGGCAGCCAUGGGGGGACCUGGAAAUCAACAAAACUACUCAAGAGAAUGUGGAAAAUCUGCUAACUGCCGCCUGUUCAAGUAUUUUUCCUGGGGCUGGUACCAAUCAGGAGCUGGCGCUGCACGUCUUGCAUGAAGCAAAGGGAAACAUUCUGGCUACGUUGACCAAAUUGCUGCUGAAGAGGCCAAUGCGAUCGCCAUACCACCCACUGGCAGACUAUCACUACACAGGAUCUGACAGGUGGAAAGUUGAUGAGAAGAAACUUUUCAACAAAGGCAUUGCAAUCUACAAGAAAGACUUUUUCCUGGUCCAGAAACUUAUAAAAACCAAGACGGUGGCCCAGUGUGUAGAGUUUUACUACACAUACAAAAAACAAGUGAAAAUUGGUCGGAAUGGGACCUUAAUCUUUGGGGACGUUGAUGCCACUAAUGAAAAGUCUAUGAAAGAUGAAGCUGAGGUUGAUAUCAAGAGUUCCCAUAGGUUUGCACGUGUUCUUCCUCCCAGAAAGGAGAAUUACAGUGAGGAACAUACACACGUGGAGGAGAUGGCUGAGAAGGAGGAAGAGUUGGAUGACAGGAAGAGCAUAGGGCCUCUCAAGGCCACACAGACACUACAAGCCAACGAAGUGGUCAAUGAGGUCCUAAUUUCAAGAAGCAAGGAGUCUAAUGCUGCAGGGGAAGCCAGCACUAGGACUGUAAGGAAGCCUAAGGAGGCAGCAGUGAAGUCUCAAAAGACUCCUCCCCCAGUACAGAGGAGGAGACGGAAACCAAAGCCAAAACCGGACACAACCAGUAAAGCUCAGAACCAGGAGAACACGUUUCCAUGUAAAAAAUGUGGCAGGAUCUUCUACAAGGUAAAAAGCCGCAGUGCUCACAUGAAGAGUCACGCGGAACAGGAGAAGAAGGCAGCAGCAUUGAAACAGCGAGAGAAAGAGGCGGCAGCGGCGGCGGUGGCGGCAGCACAGCGGGAGGAGAGCAGUGACGUGGGGAGCAGCAGCAGCGACAGCAGUGGCAGUAGCAGCUCGGAUGAGGAUGGGGAGAUUUAGCCAUAACCCAGGGGAAGUCGAGGGAGUAGCAAGGCUGGACCCCACCUCUCUCUCGGUGUGUUUGCCUCCAUUCCUGCACUUUCCUUAUCUGGACUAAGUUCUACUAGGCUUCUGUCCAUUGCUGCCAUUGCCUCAUCCCACAUUCUGCAUCUCACCCUGCCGGUAGAGACUGAGCCAAAUCAGUGGAUAAAGAGAUUUGUGUGAACCUGGAUAUUCUCUUUUACAAAUCAGAUUUCUAUUUUAUUUAUAAAGGCACCUGAGGUACGUAAUAGAACAAUGUCAUCAGGAGCGGAAUUUAGUUCUCCUACAGAUCAGUCAGAGCUUUCUCCUUGUGCUUGCCAAGAAUCAUGACAAUGAGACUCUUGAGUAUAAAGGCUUCCAGAUCUGAGCAAGAAAAAGAUGCUCUGCCCUGAGACUGUCUGCAUCUAGUUACUGUGACACCGGUGUUUUGUAGUGAUUUCCUUCCAUAGCAAAUUCCUGUCAAUGCCCUUCCUGCUUUCCUCUCUGAGCGCUAUCCAGGCUCUUAGCAAGUUCUGUGGAAAUAUGAGACAUACCCUGGGUCACUGUAUGACCGAAGUGUGAGGGGGAGGGGUGAAGAACACUCACCCCACCCCUCUCCUCUGAGAGAAUAUUUCUAUUUUUCUGUAGCAAGGGAAUGCCUGAUAUUUCUUGUGCCAUUAAGAGUUCAGUAGUGGACAUAUAUCAUCCUUUGAGAUAAGGGUAGCCACAAACCUUAAAGAUAUAUUGUGUACAGGAAGCGAAGUAGUUAUUGGGUCAUUUUUAGAAGAAUUUGCCCCCUCACAAGUGCAAUUUGAAAGGCCUCUAACGAUCACAUCUGGUUUUAACUCAUUACAAAAGGAAGCAAGGUUGUUAAUGAGACUUGACCUAAGACACUGUUUUUGGACUGUGCAUGCCUCACAGAGAUGGGAAGGGUGGACUCGGGUCUCUUCCUCAGGCUUCUUUACUCCCUUCCCCAAACGGCCAUUAUGCAGGGCGAUGCCUAUUUCCCUAUUGGCCUUUACCCAUCCCUUUAAAUGGCCACCUACAAGAGUUACAUUGAAGAAACUGUGUGUCCUUCCAUUCAUUCCUUUGAUGUGAUUGGACAGCACAGAAUGCUUGGCUAUCCCAUCAUGGCCCCCUUACCAGUAAAAUGUACUCUUUAUGCAGAGCUGGCAUUGAAAUGGCCCCAUUAGCCAAAAGUCCAGGCAGCUAGGCCUGGUAUUAAAGCAAAGUGUUAAAAGAAAGCAAAAAUCGGUCACCGAAUGCUAAAAUUACACAGAAUCUGUCUGUACAUAUAUACAUAGUAUUCACAUACCUUUAUUUCAUAAAACUAAAGAAUCCAGUGUAGUUGCAGCUGUGUUGGUCCCAGGAUAUUAGACAAGGUGGGUGAGGUUCUAUCUUGUAUUGGAGCAAUUUCUGUUGGUGAGAGAGACAAGCUUUCAGGCAGGGUUGCAAGUAGAGGUGUACCCUCCAAUACGUAGUACCGGCAAGAGAUUUUUAGUGGGUAUGGGGUACCGGAAAGACUUGGGGCUACCUCCCCCUCCCGGGGAUGCGGGGGGGAGAGCUGCACUAGGGAGGACAUUCAUUCUUUAUAUGGCUUUAACAGCACAAUACAUAUGCUAACAAACUUAAAGCCUUUGUUUAAGUUUGUUAGCAUAUGUAUUGUGCUGUU